GUGGUCACUGAAAGGUUUAAAUAAAGAGGUGCUCGGACUCCAAAUCAGAAGAAGGAGAGGAAUCCAAACAAAAAACAUAAUGAUCUACCUUACAGCACUUGUUGGCUUUUUGUUGGCUCAGACAGCUGAAGCUGUUGUGGGGAGCUCAGAGGGGUCUGUCUGUAAUGAGACACCACAAUGUCUCCUGUUCAACACAGUCUGUAAAAGCCAAAACUUUGAGAUCCGUCAUUAUGAUCCUGUGAAAUGGGUGUGCACAUCCUUCAGCGCCCCCACUUGGAUGCUUGGAGUAGGACCUGCAUUUUGGCGUAUGAAAAAUUACCUAGAUGAUAAUCAGAUCUCCAUGAGUGCAGCUCCUGUCUUUAUUGAUAUGCCAGCUGACGAUCCUCCACAGAAAGAGAGCUCCCAGUCUUCUUGGCUUGAUAAACUCAAGAACCUUUCAAAGUUGUUUCCCAAAAUGCAUGAGUACACAAUCUGCUUUCUGCUCCCAAUGGAGAAUCAGAGCAACCCUCCGCAGCCUACUAAUCCCAAGGUGAAGAUCGUGGAGACUGGGGACAGAUACAUGUACGUCAGGCCCUACAAUGACUGGGUGAAAGGGGACGCUGCUCAAGCUCAAGUGCUAUUCAACAGUAUCAAUAUAACCAGCUAUGAAAAGAACCACUAUGCCGUAGGAUACAACAGUCCAAUGAACCCCAAUCCAUAUUCAGAAGUGUGGGUUUUGGUUGAUGGUGAGCCACGCUGUUGA